GCAGUGAACAACAUCCAGGAGAUAAACUAAAGGCAAAGCACGUCUGUCUGUUUCUGCUCCACAAUCUGCAGCCACUGAACUCCUGAAGCUUCCUCCGCCUGCAAACAAGACACAAAACUGUGACACAAUGAAAGUGGCCGUUAUUUUCGUUCUGCUCUUCGCCACAGUCCUCUGCCGGCCGGCAAGAAAAGUUUCUGUCAGCAGUUCAGAGAGCUCUGAGGAAGCGGUGAGACGACCAGCAGCUCCAGCCCUCAGGAAACAGGCGGCAGAACUUCCUCAGAACCGUGCAGCUCCUGUACAGAACAUUGUUGCGGAAGCAGCAGCAGCAGCUGCUAACUCAGACGAGAGCCCAGAAGGCUCAGACGAAGACGAGCAGGCGGCAGCAGAGGCUCCCAUUGAGAUCACGUCUGACAGCACAGACACAACUUCAUCCCCAGACACAGCCACCGUCAACAGUGAAGACGAUGAUGAUGAUGAUGACGAUGACGCAGAGGAAAGUGAAACCGACGAGGAUGAAUCUAGUGACAGCUCGGAGUCGGGCGAGGCCUCCACCCCCGCUCCCGCCACCGCCACCCCUGUGGUCGUGACAGAGGAACCCGUGGUUGCAACCACUCCUGAGCCCAUCGUGCCUACCAUCGUCACCGACACGGACGCAGGCCGCGGCGACAGCUUGGGAGGCUACCCCAGCGACUAUAAGUCCAUCGUCUACGUGGAGGACAAAUCCUACCAAAAGGUUCCUUCUCCUUACAAGUCCUACGAGUUUAUCGGCACAGGGAAGAAGAUGACCUACGGCAUGUCAGAGGGCAACGAGGUGGAGAAGAUGGCCUACGACAUGACAGAGGGCAAUGAGGUGGAGAAGUCACUGACAGUGUACAAGGUAAAGGCUCUUCAGGUCCACUCCGACCUGAUGGAGGAGGACACCAGCACCCCUGAGGUGGAGAGCCAGGGCCUCGACGCCUCCUCUGGCACCUCCCAGGACCAGGAACUCAGUCCCCGCCAGGCCUCCCUCGCAGAGGAGGAGGAGAGCGCUAGCGCCAGCGACGCCACCGCCAGCGAGAGCUCCAGCGCCCCAGAGCAAGAGGAGGAAGAGGAAAGCGCCAGCACCACCAGCGAUAGCGCCAGCGCCAGCCAGGAGUCGGAGGACGAGGACAGCCAGAGCAGCGAGGAGGCCACGGCCACACCCGGAGCUGCUGACAGCGACUCCGACGAGAGCACUGAGAGCGAUUCAGAUGAGGAAGGGGCGGGACCUGACACCACCACUGACAUGCCGGUGGUCAUCACUGCCAAAUAAGCACCGCCCAUCCAGGAAAUGGACUGGACGGUGGCGUCAGAUAAGAGUCACAAGAAGAGCACACGUUGCAUCCAGGUGCAACUAUUCCACUGUAGGGCCAAACAGGGACAGCCAAGGCUUAAUUCGUAUUGAUUUCAAUGUGUUCAAACAAUAGUUCUGUGAUUAUUUGUGCAUCUUUUGGGAAGCAGAAAUGCUUUUCCUUCUGGAUUGUAAUUUAAAUAAACCAAUAACUCCUGCACCCUGUGGUCUGGUUGCCCUGGUAAAUCCCAUGUUUGACCCCACAGGGGAAAAGUGGUCGUACGUUGAAACUGACGAUCGCUACCUGCAACAGGAGGUGGACCUUUGGCCCCUCCCCUCUCCCCUCUGUUUACGGCAGGGUGAGAGUUCAUAACUGGAAAUGAACAAAGAAACAAAGUCGAGUCCUGAUAUCUACACUAGCACAACACCGCAUUUAACGGCAAUAUGCAAACCUACAUUGUUUUUGUGCUUAUAAAAUAAGAGAGAAAAUUGCACAGUUUGUUUAAAUACUUAUAAUCAUUUCAAGCGUAAUACAAUUUAAACUUGACAUUAAGCCAUACAUUUGCUGCCUGUGUGGCUUAGCUUUGUUGCUCGCUAGUAUUAAAUCUGCUGGUGUAGAUAAAAGGUUGAGAGAAACUCUAUUACAGGGUUCAGUCAGGUAUAGAUGCGAUGCAGUACACACACACACACACACACACUUGCACAGUUCCUACCUACACUACAUGUUGUUUGUCCCAUGUUGUUUACUGUAAUGUGUCAUAUUGUAUCAUUUCUAAAAUAUUAAUAAAGUUCUUUUUCAUAAAAAGAA